UCUUGUGUCACCUGUGUUGAUUACCCUGUGUGUAUUCAGCUUCUGUUUCUCCUCUCUUUGUCACUUCACUGAGUCUUACUUGUGUCUCUCCUGCUUGUGCUCCCCGUAGUUUUUCUUGUGCUGGAUUUAUUUCAUGAACAUUUCGACUUUGAUGUGUAGGAUGAAGAAUGGGGAGGCCUGGAUGACAAAAAUAACUGGAGCCAGAGAGUGCUGCUCUGAUGAAUCAUCUGCAGAGUCUGACUCACAUUCUGACGGACAGCGGGCUAUUAUUACCGUGUUUUGUCCAAAACACUGCGUGACGGACACCUGCAGAGGUGACGGAUUAUACGCUUUACUGGAGACAAAACAAGGACUCUAACAGCAGCAGCCAUGGUGGAUGCAGCAGCCGCAGAGCAGUUCCUGGAUGCAAACCCACAGUUUGCAAAGCAAUACUACGACAUCAACUUCAGGCCCAAAGUCAUUUCAGACCUGCUGGACAACAACAGGAAGGCAGCAGUGGACUUCAGCAAGUUCCAUGACCUGACGAUGGUGGAGGAGAGCGAGGUCCUCUUCGAUCUGGUGCGCGACAUCCAGGACAACCUGCAGAUGGAGAAGUCCGUCUUCAACCUCAUGAGACACCUCAGCUUCAUCAUGAGAGUCGACCGCAUGAGCCUCUUCAUGUACCGCCAGAGGAACGGAGUGGCUGAGCUGGCAACCAGGUUAUUUAGCGUCAACAAAGACUCAGUGUUCGAUGACUGCCUGGUGCCACCUGACAGUGAGAUUGUGUACCCGCUGGAUAUGGGGAUUGUGGGUCACGUUGCGACCACCAAGAAGAUGGUCAACAUCCCUGUCGCAUCUGAGAGCCCUCAUUUCAGCGACUUUGUGGACGUGCUGACCGAGUAUCAGACCAAGAGCGUCCUGGCUGUCCCCAUCAUGAACGGGAAAGAUGUGGUGGCUGUCAUGAUGGCAAUCAACAAGCUGGAUGGACCGCACUUCACCAGCAAGGAUGAGGAGACUCUAAACAAGUACCUCAACUUUGCCAACCUGCUCCUGAGAGUGUUCCACCUGAGCUACCUGCACAACUGUGAGACCAGGAGGGGACAGGUGCUGCUGUGGUCGGCCAGCAAGGUGUUUGAAGAGCUGACGGACAUAGAGAGGCAGUUCCACAAAGCCCUGUACACAGUCAGAGCUUUCCUCAACUGUGACCGUUACUCCGUGGGUCUGCUGGACAUGACCAAGACCAAGGAGUUUUUUGACCUGUGGCCUGUUCUGAUGGGAGAAGUUCCCCCGUAUGAUGGACCUAAAACUCCGGACGGCAGGGAAAUCAUCUUCUACAAACUGAUUGACUACAUCCUGCACGGCAAAGAGGACAUUAAAGUCAUACCGAGUCCUACAGCAGAUCACUGGGUCCUGAGUACUGGUUUACCCACCUAUGUGGCAGAGACUGGACUGAUCUGCAACAUAAUGAACGCAGCCGAGGAUGAUUUCUUCAAAUUCCAGAAAGAGCCUCUGGACGACUCCGGCUGGACCAUUAAGAACGUCCUGUCGAUGCCAAUCGUCAACAAGAAAGAGGAGAUAGUGGGAGUGGCCACGUUCUAUAAUAGGAAAGAUGGGAAACCCUUUGAUGAAAUGGAUGAAACACUGAUGGAGUCUCUCACCCAGUUCCUGGGCUGGUCCAUGCUGAACCCCGACACCUACGAUAAGAUGAACAAGCUGGAGAACAGAAAGGACAUCUUCCAGGACAUGGUCAUGUACCACGUGAAGUGUCGAAAGGAUGAAAUCCAGCACGUCCUGAACACCAGGGAGAGGUGGGGGAAGGAGCCGGAUGAGUGUGAGGAGGAGGAGCUUCAAGAGAUUCUGUCAGAGGUCCUCCCAAACUCAAAGAAAUCUGAAAUCUUGGAGUUUCACUUCUGUGACUUUGAACACAGUGAGCUUGACCUGGUGAAAUGUGGCAUCAAGAUGUACUACGAGCUGAAAGUGGUGGACAAGUUUCACAUUCCCAGAGAGGUCCUGGUGAGAUUCAUGUACUCUCUCAGUAAAGGCUACAGGAGGAUCACCUACCACAACUGGAGGCACGGAUUCAACGUUGGUCAGACCAUGUUCACCCUGCUGAUGACAGGGGAUCUGAAGCGUUACUACACAGACCUGGAGUGUAUGGCCAUGGUGACCGCCGGCUUCUGCCACGACAUCGACCACAGAGGAACCAACAACCUCUACCAGAUGAAGUCUGGUAAUCCUCUGGCUAAACUUCACGGCUCCUCCAUCUUGGAAAGACACCAUCUGGAGUUUGGGAAGACACUGCUGAGAGAUGAAUCAUUGAACAUUUAUCAGAACCUGAACCGCCGUCAGCACGACCUCGUCAUCCACCUCAUGGACAUCGCCAUCAUCGCCACUGACCUGGCUCUCUACUUCAAGAAGAGGACGAUGUUCCAGAAAAUCGUAGACCAGUCCAAAACCUACGAGAACUGGAACGACUGGACCAAAUACAUGAUGCUGGAGACCACGCGCAAAGAGAUCGUCAUGGCCAUGAUGAUGACUGCGUGCGACCUGUCUGCAAUCGCCAAACCGUGGGAGAUCCAGAGCAAGGUGGCGCUGUCUGUGGCCGCAGAGUUCUGGGAGCAGGGAGACCUGGAGAGGACAGUCCUGGAGCAACAACCCAUCCCAAUGAUGGACAGAAACAAAUCAGAAGACCUGCCGAAGCUGCAGUGUGGUUUCAUUGACUUUGUUUGCUCUUUUGUGUACAAGGAGUUCAGUCGCUUCCACGUGGAGAUCACCCCCAUGCUGGACCGCCUGCUGAACAACAGGAAGGAGUGGAACGCCCUGAAGGAGGUGCACGAGGCCAAAAUGGCCGCACUUGAGGAGGCCAAGAAAGCAAAGGAGGAAGCUGCAGGAGCCAAACAAGCGAGUGCAGCCCCGUCACAAUCAAAGACGUGUGCUCUCUGCUAGAGAUGCUGCAGCUGAAUCGGCUCGUUGUGGUCCAGCUCUGGAUUACCCUGAUAGUUUACUUAGGAAACAUCUACGCUGAUCUUCUGUAGCUGCAUCUAGUUUUAUCUCUCUGAUUGGUUUCUGUCCUGCUUUUCUUCUGCACUCUUUGUCCUUUGAUAGUUAUUCAUGAGAUUACUCUGGUUUAAAGGUAUGUUGGGGAGUCUGUGUGAAACUCCAACACCUUACAUUUGAGGAUAACUUACAAAAACCAUUAAAAGCUACUAAAAGCUGAAACAUGGGAGACCAAAAGUAAGAAAAACUUGUUGGAAAAUCUUCUUUUAUUGGAAAGAUCACAAAAUAUGACCAGUUUCUUAGUUUGUUGAAACCAGCAUCUACCAAGAAAGGUUUGCAAUACAACAUUUUUAGCGAGUAAAUAUUUAAAAGCACUUUUAGGAGGGGUGUAAUGAUUAAUCUACUGCCUCGAUGUAUCGAUUUAUAUUCCUAUGAUCCGACUGCAUCGAUCUGUGCACUUCAAGUUGGCCUUUAGGAUGACAUAUAUCGAUCUAACAUCGUUUUAAAAGGUAAUAAAUCGAUUGUAUCCAUACUAGGAAAUAAUGCAUUAGAUAUAAG